GAAAUUCCCUCUCUGCCGAAUCCAUGAGUCUCUAUAAUUAUGUGACCACAGCACAACCGCCUACAGCCGUACACUUCGCGGUGAAAGGCAAUUUUUUGGAUGCGCUAGCUAAUAACCUUAUCAUCAGCAAAGGGACGCGUAUCGAGAUCUAUGUAUUCGUCGACAACGAGAUAAAGCCUGUUUUAGAUUUUCCUAUUUACGGUCGAAUUGAAUCGCUCAUUGCUUUACAAUUGCCCGGACGACCGACUUGUUCUUUGUUCGUAUUGACCGAUCGGCAGCGUUUUUGCGUGCUAAGCUAUGAUCAGACAGCGAAAUCAGUUAUUACCGACAUUUCCGGUGCUCUUGAAGAAGUCAAUGCUCGAACGACGGAUGAGCCGACGAUAGCCCUGCUCGAUCCCGAGAACAAAGCUAUCAUUGUGAGCAUGUACACCGGCCUGCUUCGCGUCAUACCUAUCAUAGGCAUACCAAUGAAAAUUGGGAAUAAUGCAAAGGGAAAAGCCAAAGACACGGGUUCCAAAAAAUUGUCAAUGAUACCACAUAGUAUUCGAAUUUCAGAAUUAGUGGUCAAAUCCAUCGUAUGCUUGCAUGGUCGAGCGAAACCGACCAUUGCAAUGUUAGCUGCUGAUUAUGAAGAUACGCGUUCUGUCUCAGUGUACGAGCUGAAUUUGGCAGACAAAAGCAUCAAUGAACGGCCAAUAUACCAAAUCAACGUGGACACGACUGCCUAUUCGCUCGUUCCUGUUCCUAUGCCUUUCGGUGGUUUCCUUAUCAUAAGUGAAGUGGCAAUCACAUAUCACAACAUGCGAACCGCAAAUGUAUCCCUACAAUCUCCAGCAUCUAUAAUCACCGCGGCCAACUUCCUUGAUAACAGUUCAUCGCGUGUCCUCUUAGGCGAUGUCAAAGGUUCACUAUAUGAACUCUCUCUUGCAAGCUCAAACGACACCGUGCAUAGUCUCCAUUUGCAUCUGGUUGCCGAGCUGUCUACGCCAUCUGCUAUUGUGCCUUUGAAUUCAGAAAUGAUUUACAUUGGCUCAAGUCGGAGUGACUCAUGUCUGGCACGAGUGGACCCACUCAGUGAUAGCAGAUACACAUUGCAUGUGCUGGAAGAAUUUCCAAAUAUCGGCCCUGUUACUGAUUUUUGUCUAUUUGAUCUUGACAAACAAGGACGCCAAACCAUGGUAUGCUGCUCAGGAAUCGAUAAUCAAGGCAGUUUACGCAUUGUACAGAGUGGUGUGGGUUUCCGAGAACAGGCCGUCUUACAGAUAUCAAAUGUCAAAGACAUUUGGUCACUUCGAACAACACCUGGAUCUCUGGACGAUAUGUUGGUUCUUACCUGUGUCAAUUCUACUCGCAUAUUAAGAAAAUCGAAACAAAAAGAACCGCUGGAAGAAUUGCGAAGCUUCUCCACCUUUUCUUUCCAAGAGCCGACCUUAGCUACGGGUUGUACGCUUGACAACGAUAUUGUCCAGGUCACACCAUCUUCUGUCCGCCUAAUGUCGAGCAAAGCUGAAGGAACACUCAUAGCAGAAUGGAAAUCUCCGGAUAAUUCACCAAUUACGGUAGCACGAUUGAAUGGCUCUCAAUGUGUUCUCUGUCAUGGCUUGAAUAACUUGGUAUAUCUGGAAAUUCAAGCAAAUAAAUUACUACAGAAAGGAUCGUUGAAGUUCAAUUCCGAAAUUGCUGCUUUGGAUAUCACUCCCCCGAAAAAUGACUCACAAUCGACCGAUAGAGUCAUUGUAGGGUUGUGGGCCAACGAACAUAAUCUCCAAGUCGUUACAUUACCAGCGAUGCAAAUCCUUGCGACAGAUACCUUACUUCAGAAUGCGGUUCCUCGAUCUAUUGUCAGAACAAAACUUGAAAACUCUAUUUACUGUUUUGUAUCUCUGGGCGAUGGUCAGCUAGUGAACUAUCAAGAAAAUCCAUCUACCGGCAAAUUGCAACAUAAAAAGCAUAUUACUUUGGGGACUCGGGCUGUGAAACUGUACCCUUUUGAUAACGCAGGGCAAAGCUCCAUACUUGCCACCUCCGAUCAGCCUACAAUUAUCACUAGUAUGCAUGGUCGUCUCACUUACUCAGCAGUGGAUAUCAAGAAUGUUAGUGCAUUUACUACCUUUGCAACUAAUUUUAUACCUGGGUCGAUCAUCAUGGCGUUACCCAAUGCACUAUUAUUUGGUGAUAUUGAUAAGCUAAGAAGGCUGCACAUCUCCAAAAUACCUUUGGAAAACGAAAUGGGACGACGGAUAGUUUAUCACGAAGAAUCCGAAACUAUAGCACUCAGCACGUCGCGGUCAUCUGUCGAUACCGAUAGCGGUUUUGACGUCACGUCUGGGAGCUUGCGAGUAUUCGAUGCGCGAACUUUCCAAGUAUUAUAUUCGAUUGAUAUGAAAGAACGAGAAGUAGUGGAAAGCUUGGUCUGCGCCAAUUUGGAUCACGAAGACACAAAAUAUGUCAUUGCAGGCACAGCAAUCGUUAACCCUGACGAACCGAAUCAAGACCGCGGUCGACUAUUGAUCUUCCAUGUAUCUGCAGAACGUGAAUAUCGCCUUAUUGAAUCGGUGGAUCUGCCGGGAGUGCUUUAUGAUAUCAAACCUGUGAUGACCGAUUCACCAUCAAUUGUGAUUGCCGUCAAUGGAUCCAUAUACUAUUUGGAAGCUUUCGAGUAUGAUGCGUCACCGGGAGAAAAAUGUACACUGGCUUUGAAACUUGACGCAAAUAUCUUGGCUCUUUCCAUGGAUACUCGAGGUCAUCUGGUUCUCGUUGGUGAUUUAAUGCAAUCCAUGUCUUUACUGGAGGUCACAAACGACAAUCAGCAUACAGUCAAAAAGGUUGCGAUGGAUUUCUCUUCUAACUGGAUGACGGCUGUCAAAAUAUUGGAUAAUGACAUAUAUCUGGGCGCUGAAAUGUGCAACAAUUUGUUUACACUUAAACGCAUGCCAUCCGAAAUGGAGGAAUCGACACGGUUGGAGGUAGCAGGAGAAUAUCACCUGGGGGAUCAGGUCAACCGUUUUCGAGCUGGCUCAUUGGCGGAUAUGGCAGAAGACACAGAUGUUUUUACACGCACUUCCGUACUGUACGCUACCGUCAAUGGUGCGAUCGGUGUUAUUGUCGGUAUCACUCAGGAACAAUACGAAUUCCUUGCUAUGGUUCAGAACAAUCUGGCUCGUAUCAUUCCUUCCACCGGUGACAUUCCCCAUCAACAGUGGCGUGCGUUUAAUAGUAACACCAGGAACUGCGAAGCUUCUAAUUACAUUGACGGGGAUCUAAUUGAAAGGUUUCUUCUUCUCGAUUCGAGUCAAAAACUGCAAGUUCUCCGAGGCGACAACGGUGGUUCUAAGCUUCAAUGUCCAAUGGAAGAAUUACAACGUAUCAUUGAAACGCUGGCACGAGUAAAAUGAUGAUAUGCAUAUCCGACUAAUGAAAUCAUACUCUACAGUCUUAAAAAAACUAACAUUAUUGAAAAUAAAGAAAGUCGAAAACAAUCCCCACAUC